AUGACACCGUUAGAAGCACAUCACAACGAGCGUGCUGAUUUCGAUACUGUACUGAUUCAAUGUCUCAAAGCAUUGUCGCUUAGCGAUAUUGGAUCUAGAGAAAAGACAGAUCAACAUGACGUGACAUGCGACAGUUGUCACUUGAACCGAAAACAGACAAAAACCCAUCUGACAGGGCAUGCUGUUGCUCAUUUCACAAUACCAAAUGAACUAUUCGGAAAAAUUUUUCGGAGCGAUGAGGUGACAUUCGAAAAUUUUAAAAGGUUAUUUCGUGAUAACAUACAUGAAAAUGUUACGUGCAAUGGCUGUUCAGAACCAUCAUUUAGAGGUUUACGUUUCAAAUGCGACAUUUGUCCCGAUUAUGACCUUUGUCAACGAUGUGCUUCUAACGGUGUCAUCACAGGUACGCACAAAUCCGAUCAUCCGAUUAUUAUUGUGAACAGCGAAGUUAUACCAAAGAUAAAUCGAGAUGACAUCGAGCUCGGAGAUGAACUUGGCCACGGCGGUUUCGGCUACGUGUACAAGUCAAAGUGGUUAUCAAAAAAUCGUGUAGUGGCGUGCAAAGUUUUAACUGUUCCACUAUUUGAUGACGCAUCUGAACGAUUGAAAAGUUUUAUGAAAGAACUGGCCGCUUAUCGAGAGUUAUCUGGAGCAUAUAUUUUAAAAAUAUUUGGUUAUUGCAAUCAAACACUACUUGAUGGGAAGGGUACCAAGUACAUGCUCAUUCUGGAGUACAUGGAGCGAGGAAGUCUAACGGAUGUGCUCAAUCAAAAAGAAAAACUUUCGCUUCAUCGAAAAUUGGUGAUGGCACUAAAUAUUGCUAGUGGAAUGCGGAAGAUCCACGACCAUCGAAUGAUUCACAGAGAUAUUCGUCCCGAUAACAUUCUCGUCUCAGAAGAUUACACUGCAAAAAUCGGUGAUAUGGGAAUAGCGCGAGUAAUUAGUCCUAAUCAUCAUCACACCAUUAUAGGAUGUCAGAAAUACAUGCCGUACGAGUUCUAUACAGGUGUAUAUGAUCAAAGUUUAGACGUUUAUACUUUUGGCUUGACACUAAACCAUCUCUUUACUGAGAAUACACACAACUAUGACAUGGUGAACAGAAAAGCGAUUCUUACGAAACAGAGUCCUGUAUUUUGGGAACUAAUAUCUCGCUGUAUUGACACUAAUCCAAGACAGCGACCAUCAGCCGUUGAAAUUGAAAAGACAUUAGGUUUAUUUGAUACGGGAUUCAACCAAAUAAUCCGAGACUAUCCGACAUACAAGAAACUACCCACAAAUGGAAGGGACAAAAUAUUCCUGAGAUUUUAUGAAGAACUAACACCAAAAGUAAAACAAUUGGUACAUAAACCCUCUUAA